UAAUCCUCGUCGCUAGGUAAUUGUGCAAUGGAGAGGGUGUGUGCGGGAGAGGAGGGGUUAAAAUCGGGAGGGUUUGCAGUGGGAGCGCUGGUGGGCUAGGCUGCAUUGUGAUCGCGACAGAUGUCUGAGGGGCACUCCUCCUCAGACCCACACUGCACCCUCGGAGAGCAAGACCGGAAUCCGCAGCUGUCACUCGCAAGGCUUUCACCUCUUUUAUCAAAUUCGAGCCGAGUCUGGACACCAACUGAUUCCAUUCCUCACCACAGGCGACACCAUGGGAGGGAAACUGAGCAAGAAGAAGAAGGGCUAUGAUGUGAGUGAUCCCAAAGAAAAAAAAGAUGAAGCUGCAGCACCAGCUGCGAGUGCUGAGGAGUCUGGUAAAGUGGAUGAUGCAGCACCACUCACAGAAGCUCAUGUAACAACUGAAUCAGGCAACGUGGAAGAGGAAGCUGUUGAAUCAGCUGUACUAGUAACCGAAGCGGGGGAAACUGCUGAACAGUCCAAAUCUGAUCCACCUGAAGAACAAGCAGUAGGACCAGAAGAACCAGUCCUAAUCAAGGAAGAACCAGCUCCAGUUCCAGAAGAACCAGUCUCAGUUGAGAAAGAAGCAGAUCCAGUUCUAGAACAGACAGUCACAAUCAAUGAAGAAGCUGUUUCUGUUCCAGAAGAACCAGCCAUUGUCAAGGAAGAAGCUGCUCCAGUUACAGAACCCAUCAUAGUCAAAGAAGAGGUAGCGCCAAUUCAAAAAGAUCCAGCUCCAGUAUCAGAAGAACAGGCCACACUCAAAGAGGAAGCAGCACCAGAGGCACCAGCCACAAUUACACCAGAAUCCUCUUUAGUACUAGAAGAAGUGGCUUCAAUACCAAAGGAACCAGUUGCAAGCACAGAGGAAGUCGCUCCAGUUCAAGAGGAAGCAACUGCAGUAUUAGAAGAACCUACUGCAACACCAGAGGAGGAAGUUCCAGUUCUAGAAGAACCUGCUGCAGGAUCUGAGGCAACGUCACCAUUACCAGAGGAAGCUACAAUCAAAGAGGCUGUAACAACUGGGGCAGAACCAGAGUCUGCAGCUGCACCCGAACCUAUCGAAGAAUCUUCUCCAUCUAAAGAAACUGUGAAAAAACCUCACGUGGAUCCUGCCAGUCCAGAGGAGCCACGCAAAGAGCCAGAACCUAAUCUAGUGACUCUUACAGAGGCCGAGGACAUUUCAGAGGUGACAGCCCCACCUCCAUUUGUUCAGGAACUUGAACCGCUGACUGAACCUGUAAUAGAGCAAGAGACAAUUUCGGAGACUGAAAUUGACCAGACAACAAAACCUGAGCCAGAAUCAGUGACUGAGAAUGACCCAGAGCCAGAACAGGAGGUUGACACAGAGGAACCUCGAGCUGAAGAACAAGGUCAAGAAGAUGAGCCAUAUCCAACAGUGGCCACAGAUGACAGCACGGAACGUAAGACUGGGGAUGCUGAGGAAAUCAACAACAAAUGUAUGCCUUCAAAUGACGAAUCAGAUGGACCAGACGUAGCAGAACCUGCAGGAUCUGAUGUAAGUGUUGAAGAGUCAGUGGAAAAUGUGCCUUGCCCAGAGAGUGCGGUGGAAACAAAGAUGGAAAACGGGGAUACGGAGGACGUGACGGAAGUAGCGGCUCUCCCGAUUGUGAAUGGAGAGCACACAGAGGAAUGUGUUAAUGGUAUGGAGAAGUCAGUGGAGUCACCUAUGAAGAAGCUGAGUGACUUGGAGCUGAAAACGGACGUUAACCUGAGCGGGGAUGCCCAGGAAGACCCAGAGGCCGUCCCUGACAUUGUUGAGGCUUUGAGUAUUGAGGUCACUGAGGAAGUCUGAUCUUUUCAUUUCAUGUGAAUUUUGACAAAACUUCCAGUGAGACGUGAGAGAGGCACCAAGGAAUCACAAGAGCAAGACCUUCAGAAACAGCGAAAUCAUGGUUGUGUUUUUCAUGGCAACUCAGGCAACGAUGUAUUUUGUUUUGAGUAAAAAAUGGAAAGCAUGCGGUCAUGUGGUGAUCGACAGAGCAAGGGUAGUUAGCAGGUAAGAUGAAAGUACAAGAUGAGCAUAGAACUUCUGGGGUGAGUCGAUACAGUUAAAUCCCACGCCUGAGCGAAUAUAGUGGACAAAUGAUAGACAUGUUAUUAAUGAGUGAAGUGAUUGAAUCUGUCGUUGUGUGUGAGCCCGGUUAAUAUGACAAUAUUAGUUGACUUUCAUAUAUUCUUUCUAUUACAAUGUGGAGAGCCACACAGUGUUUUGCCCUUUUAUAACAAAUUAUACAUGUGAGAUGUGUUAAAUUUAAAAUGGUUGAAUGGAGAAUAAAAAGACUGCCAUUGCCUACA